UAUCAUGAGAAUAAAGCCACAAUACUGUGAGAUUAAAAAUGAAAUAAUGCAAAAAGUCAUAACUUUAAAAAAAAUAAACCAGCUAUGACUAUUCUCGUACAACAUCAUUCUUGUAAUAUGAUGACUUCAUUAUUUUUUACAUUUUCUUAGUGUGGCCCUAAUUUGACCUUAAAAAAAAGUUAGUUUGGUGUUCUUUUGAAUAUAUGUUACAACGGCCUGCCAUACACCCACCCGCUUCCCCAGCACAUGGGAUGGCUGGGAGGUGCUUCACAGCCGCUCCGCCUCCAAGGCGUUUGGGAAGAAAGGAUCACAAUCAAGGGACUGUUCUUGAAGACGAUUUACCAGCAUCAAUAUAUUGAUCGUAUGCACGGAACUGAUACAACCUCACAAGUCCACGCGCUGUAGGAUUUCAGGAUCUAGAUGGUGUAAGUGCGCCGCGAUCUGUGCACCCUGGAGGGACGUUCAGCGCGUCAGAAAAUCAAGUUCUACCAAACGCCUUGUGUUUACACAGGAACCAUCCAAAGCCACGUUUUAGCAGGCAAUCUUGAACGAAGUGCAGCACACAGUGCAGAAAACUUUUAGCUGUUUAACCCAACAGGAGUGGAGCAGCGAAUCAGACUGCACCCAUGCGAUUACUUUAAAUCCCUUGAGGAAAAAAAAGAAAAAGAAAAACUGUGCAUCGGAUACACUUUUGACAUUUGGAUAACAUGGAGAAUUGCAGCUGAUCGAGCACAUGUUGUGCAUGUAGCAGAGCCCCGUUGUUGCUGCAAGGGCUUAGAGUGUGGAUGUGGACAUGGAAAUUGCUACAAAGUAAACCCAGCGUCGUUUGGAUUGGGGUUUCAGGGAAUGGUCCAACGGGGAUAUUUUGGAAAGUGUUUUUAGUUCCCCGUCGCUGUCUCGCUAGUUUUGUACGGAAGAGUGUGCUGGGUCGACAUGGAGAUCCAGGAGGAGAAGGAGAGCAGGACGGACAAGCGCUUCGCCCUGACUUACGUCGGCUGGUGCUCGCUGGACAGGCGCACCACUCUGCCCAUGCUGCCGUGGCUGGUGGCCGAGAUCCGCAGGAGGGGCGAGAGGGGCGACUGCGGCCCCGUCAUGCAGCCCAGAGAAGUUCAGCUGCUGCUCAACACCCCCUUCGUCCGCUGCGUCCCCUCCAACAGCAGCAACUCGUCGGUCUUCAUCUUCGAGCACAAAGCCCAGCUGAUCUCGCGCUUCAUCCACAACAGCAAUGACCUCACUUGUUUUUCCUACCUGCUGCGGGGCCAGCCGGACAACCCGGAGUCCGAGAUGUCCUGUCACGUCUUCAAGGCCUGCGACCCGAACCAGGUCCCAGAGGUAAUCAGCAGCAUUCGUCAAGUGUCCAAAUCGGCUCUGAAGGAAGAUGCCAAACCCAAACAGGAAGCCGACGAGGCGUUCUACAACUCUCAGAAGUUUGAAGUGCUUUACUGUGGCAAGGUUACUGUGGGCCACAAGAAAGCUUCGUCGACCCUCAUUGAUGACUGCGUGGAAAAAUUUCGCCAACAUGAGACUGAACGUAAGCGCCUGCGACUUCUCAACGGCCAGCGAGGGUCUAUAGAAACCAUCCCCGUGGAUUUACUCAUUGCUGGAGAUGGAGACCCGCUUUUCACUGCCCUCAGCAGAACUACAGAGGAACCGGAAGCUCCAGGAGUAGAAGACCUGAUCACAGGUAUAUGUCUGCCCAGCAGUGCCAGUCAGAGCAGUCUGCGAGGAUCCUUCCCCGAGUGCAUCCUGGAGGACUCUGGGUUUGAGGAACCUCAGGAGUUUCGCACGCGCUGCAGCAGCUUGGCUGGAAGCCUGCAGAGGAAGCCGGGGGAGGGAGUCAUCAUGGGUCCCACGCGUCGCAGACACGCUAGUGCGCCGAACAACGUCCAGCCGUCCGAUUCCGACAAGAACCGCACUAUGCUGUUCCAGGUUGGACGUUUUGAAGUGAACCUUAUUAGUCCAGACAGUAAAACAGUGGUGCUGGAAAAGAACUUCAAAGAUAUCUCAUCCUGCUGUCAGGGCGUCAAGCAGACCGAUCAUUUUGGAUUCAUCUGCCGGGACCAGUCGGAGUCUGGUCCCAGUCAGUACAUGUGCUACGUCUUCCAGUGCGCCAAUGAGUCGCUGGUUGACGAGGUGAUGCUGACCCUGAAGCAGGCCUUCUCCACCGCCGCAGCCUUACAGAGCAACAAGACCCCAGUGCAGCUCUGCGAAGCGUGCCCCAUGCACGACCUGCACAAGCUCUGCGAGAGGAUUGAGGGUCUUUAUCCACCCCGAGCGAAGCUAGCAAUCCAAAAAUAUCUCUCCCUGUUGACCGAUAAUGAGCAGGCAGAGAUUUUCGAGCGAGUUCAAAGACUGAAGCCUGGGUCUGACCAAGAGGAGAAUGAGUUGGCCAUUAUGUAUCUAAGGCAGCUCUGUGAAAGCAAACAGAAAUCUCAUCUUCAUAUCGGAGAAACCCCUCAGAAUGCAGCAAACAGCACAGCUGCAGGAGACGGCUCAGCCACCGGCAGUCGAUUUAAACUUGAUAUUCUCAAGAAUAAAGCCCGCACAUCCCUCACCAGCUCUCUGGAAAACAUCUUUGCAAGGGGUGCCAGCAGAAUGCGGGGCCGCUUGGGAAGCAUGGGAAGCAUUAGCAGUUUCGAAAGACAGGAUGAGGAGUCUCCUGGUCACUCCCCGCCAGGUUCGCCUCCCGCCUUCCCGGACGAGGAGCUGGAAUCCGGGCCGCAGUUCCGUCGGCGUGCUCAUACCUUCAGCCACCCGCCGGUGAGGAAGCGCAUCUCCUUCGAGAGCCAGCCGGCCAACCAGACCAAACAGGCUCCGCUCCGCAGGCAGCACUCCGUCAACCCAGAACUGCUGCAGACCAGUCACGUGUCCCGAACACGCAGCAUUUCAGAGGGGGAGUCCUCCUUCAGCCUCCCCUCCACCUUCUCCGCUCCCACUUUCCUGAAAAGCUUUUACCAGGGUUCGCUGGGGUCCCUGACGGACAGUGGGAGCUUCAAGAGCAAUGGAGAAGGCAGGAAAAGGACGCUGUCAAGCUGCAGCAAUGACUCUCUGAGCGGAGGUCUCCCUCUGACCCCACGCAGGGUCUCCUGGAGACAGAAGAUCUUCCUGCGGGUCGCCUCACCCAUGAACAAGCCAUCUGCAUCUAUGCAGGACACAGACGGCUCUGAUGCCACGGAGCUGCUGCCUCUGUCUCCCCGUGCCUCGGACCCGGGUCUGGACCCUUUGAGGCGCCUUUUAUCCCCGGCAUCUGAUCAGCCGACCGAUAAGAAGCCCAAGAAGACAGGAGCCGAUUACAGAGCUCUCUGGAAAACUGCCAUCCACCAGCAGAUCCUCCUGCUGCGCAUGGAAAAGGAGAAUCAGAGGCUGGAAGAAGCGAGUCGAGAUGAGCUGCACAUCCGCAAAACGAAGCUCGACUACCAGGAAGUGUGUACCUGCUCCAAGGAGGCUCAGGCGCUCUGGGAGAGAAAGCUAACAGCUCCAGGCAGAACCACAAACCCGCAGGACAAGGAGGACAUAUACAGAGCCGUCUGCCAGGGAGUUCCAAAGAGCAGACGCGGGGAGGUCUGGUUACUCCUUUCCCAUCAGCAUCGGCUGCAGCACAGACUGCCCCAGCGCCAGCAAGCUCCAGACACCCCCUACUACGACCUGCUGAAGCAGCUCACCGCACAGCAGCACGCCAUUCUGGUGGACUUAGGCCGGACCUUCCCCACCCACCAGUACUUCUCAGCCCAGCUUGGAGCAGGCCAACUUUCCCUCUACAAUUUGCUGAAGGCUUACUCUCUGAUGGACACAGAGGUUGGCUACUGCCAGGGCAUCAGCUUUGUGGCCGGAGUGCUGCUGCUCCACAUGAGGGAAGAGCAAGCUUUCGACUUGUUGAAGUUCCUGAUGUACGACCUGGGCAUCAGGCGGCAGUACCGACCCGACAUGGUUUCACUGCAGAUUCAGAUGUACCAGCUCUCCAGGCUGCUGCACGACUACCACCGGGAACUUUACAAUCACCUGGAGGAGUACGAGAUCGGGCCGAGCCUCUACGCCGCGCCUUGGUUCCUCACCCUCUUCGCCUCACAGUUCCCCCUUGGCUUCGUGUCCCGCAUCUUUGAUUUAGUGUUUGUGCAGGGUACUGAGGUGAUCUUUAAAGUGGCCCUCUGUCUGCUGAGCAGCCAUGAGAGGGAGAUAGUGGAAUGUGACAGCUUCGAGAGCAUCGUGGACUACCUGAAAACUACACUCCCCACGCUCACACAAACACAGAUGGAGCAAACCAUUACCAAGGUUAUGGAGAUGGACAUCUCCAAGCAGCUGCAUGCAUAUGAAGUUGAGUACCACGUCCUGCAGGAUGAGAUGUUGGACGCCGGGCCGCCACCCGACGACUCGGAGCGCCUCGACAAAUUAGAGAAGACGAACGUGCAGCUGAAGAAACAGAACAUGGAUCUGCUGGAAAAACUUCAAGCUGCAAGACAGAAGAUUCAGACUCUGGAGACGAGCGUGGAGAACUUCCUCUCUCGGGAGAGCAAAAUGAAGCACAUGAUUCGCUCCCUGGAGCAAGAGAGGGCAACCUACCAGAGGACCAUUGAACGCAUGCGCUUCAGCCUCCCCCCUGAUGCCCUGACAGAUGUGGAGAUGACCCAGAUCAAAACAGGACCCAACGGGAAAGCCAAAACCGCAGCCAAGAAGCCCUGAUGGCAACAGGAGGGAGUAGGUGGGGAUGGAGGGAGGAUGGGGGGGUGGAGGCGGGUUGGCUGCGUUUGGGCAGAUGCAGCGACUCACAUCCACAAACUGUCAAGUGAAGACUGCUCAGUGGUGGAAAGCUGACGAGUUCCACUUUACUUCUGUGAUGAAGUGUGGCUGCGUUUUGUAAAUGUUUGAAGUCUUGAGACAGACAGACUGCAUGGGGAAACAUCUUGGUUGUGUUUGAUGAGCAGAUAAAAAGAGUGGUGGGAGGAUGAUUUCAGGGUUUCCAUAGCGCAGAAAAGCCAAUGUUUCUCUCAUCUGAUUCACGACCGUUUAGGAGGUAGAAUCAACGGCCACACCGUCCUGCAAUGGUCGGAGGUUUGACUCUAUUCAUGGGGGAAUUUCCUUAUUCACACUGCCUGGAUGUAUUUACUGCCUGACAGAGUAACUCCACAGAAGCUGCCUGUUGAGACAUCAUUUUUUCAGACUUUGUGAGGUCUAUUUACAGCCAUUACCAGUGUCUGAUCGGGGAGCAUUUUGUUGUUCUUUUACUCCUUUGUCUCCAAUGAAAGCUUCGCUUUAUUACAUUUUAAUCACUUGAAGUUUUUAUGAAUGUAACUUCUCCUCAUGGGUCGUUCUAAUCGCGUUCAUUCUCUUCUCCGCGAAGGUCGACGUUACUCUUCAGCAGAACUGGAGUGUGGCAUCGCUAGAGAUCGUUCAGAGUGCAGUUUUCUCAGGAAACGUCUCUUCCAGAUCUCAGGCAGGAUGUGAGGUCGCCUGCCUCUUCGGCUUCCUGUAAGACGUCAGUCGUCUCUCUUUUAGCACCGCCUUCAGACUCCGAGGCAGAGCUCGCGCUCCCCGGGAGGCGCAGACUAAACAGACUGAGGUGGAGACGGGUUCUGAAUGUACACGCUGCUGCACUUAAAAAACAAAAGAAAAAGCUCUGCAAAGUCACUAUCGCUUUAGUUUCUGCAGCGCCUCUCAGAAGUAUUCAUAGCUGUCGAUCUGUUUCACAUUGUGUCAGUGACAACUACAAUGUAUUUUUUCAUGAUUGAAUUUGACACAUCAAUGCAAUUUGCAUGUAAUUGUGAAUUAGGAGGAAAUUGAAGCAUUCACCCAUCCAACUCUCCUCCCUUAUGCUGGCAGGGCUGGAGGGUGGAGUGUUGGGAGUUUGGUACUGGUGGUAUUGGGAGAGAGUGACGCACAGAACAGACAAUUGGCAUUUGACCUAACAGUCGUGUUUUUUUACUGAGAAGAAGCUGGAGUACCUGAAUAGAAUCCACCUAUUCACAAAGAGAACAUACAAACAUACAGAGAGCAAAACCACUCCAAACUGGAAACCAUCUUGCAGAAAGUCAAAGGUGCCAUUCAACAGAAAAAAAGUGUGUGUCUGCAAAAACACAAAAUCUUACCAAGUAUUGUAGUCUAGUCUAGUUUCUAGUGCAAAUGUCUUAGUACACUUGAUAUAAGACACAAUUAACUUACAAGCAACUUUCCAGCAAGAUAUAGGAGCUUGUUUUAAGUCAAUAAUUCCUCAAUAUUGACAAAAACGUAUUAAUUACACAAGCAGAUUAUUUCACGUAUGAUAAGACAUUUUUCAAACGUUAUAAGUGAAAUAAUAAGCCACUGGAACAAAUAUUGAGGAAUUAUUGACUUAAAAUAAACUUCUAUAUCUCACUAAAAAACAGUUGUAAGAUAGUUUUAUCACAUUUCAAGGGUACUGAGAUACUUGCACUAGAAA